AUGCUCGAAGACAAGAACAAGAGCUCAGGCGUCACUGGUGCCGGAAAGGUCGUCACCUCCACACUCGGGAACACAGUCGGCGGCUUGACAAACACGGUUGGAGGCGUUGUAGGUGCAGCGUCUCGUGGCAUUGGGGAGACGGUGACAGGGGCCACAGGUGGGCUCGGGAGACCUCUUGGGGAUGGCAUUGCCAACAUUGGGACUGGUGUCGAAGGGGGAGCUGCUACUGUCGCCAAGGGGGUAAAGGAUGCUGGCGAGUGGAAGACGAGGCGAUAA